CGUCCUUCUGCUCUCUGCUUCUUGUGCGUUGAUUCUUCUGUUCGCGCUGCUUCGCUUUGUCUUAGGAAGAGAGUUUUCUGGGGAAGGGGAUGCGCGACCCGAGAGGAGGAGGAGGAAGGCCGCCACCUCGCGAGUAUCACCAUGGAGGUGGAAGAGGCCUUCUCUCUGGUGGGCCAGAUGGGCCCCUUCCAGGUGUGGCUUUGCUUCUUGCUGGCCGCGCUGCUGCAGCUCUAUGUAGCCACUGAAGCAGUCCUCAUUGCAUUAGUAGGAGCAAUACCACCUUAUCACUGGGAAGGAAUAUUAACUAAUCGUAGCCAUAGUAAUGACACAACUAUUGAAGAAAGCAACUUUAGAAAGUGGCUCCUAACAGCCAAUUGGAAUGACCUUCAUAAAUACGUACAUUUUAACACAAAUUUUACAUCAAUAGCCUCUGAGUGGUUUUUAAUUGGCAAUACUUCAUAUAAGAUCAGUGUUGCCAGUUCAUGUUUCUUCGGUGGUGUGUUUGUUGGAGUAAUUACUUUUGGACAACUAUCAGAUCAUUUUGGGAGGAAAAAAGUCUUUCUUCUAGGUUUUGGCCUUGACGUUGUAUUUGCUGUUGCUAAUGGAUUUUCUCCUACAUAUGAGUUUUUUGCAGUCUCUCGUUUCUUGGUUGGAGUAAUGAAUGGUGGAAUGUCACUGGUUGCUUUUGUCCUGUUGAAUGAAUGUUUGGGAACUGCUUAUUGGGCAUUGGCAGGAUCACUUGGUUGCCUCUUCUUUGCUGUGGGAAUUGCUCAAUAUGCUUUGUUAGGAUAUCUCAUUCGCUCCUGGAGAUUAUUAGCAGCGGUGGUUAAUCUGGAGGGAGUGCUAAUCUUUCUCCUUUGUCUGUGCAUUCCUGAGUCACCUCGUUGGUUAUAUUCACAAGGUCGGCUCCAUGAAGCUGAAGAUUCUCUCUACCUCAUUGCAAAGAGAAACUACAAGCCCAAGUGCACUUUUUCACUUAAACUUCCAACUGCAUGGAGCUGUAAGGAGUCUUGUAGUAUUAUGGAUCUAUUCCGAAAUAAGAUCCUUUUGGGACGUACUCUGGUCAUGCUGUUCAUCUGGUUUGUAUGCAGCUUGGUUUAUUAUGGUCUUACUCUCAACGUGGGUGAUCUUGGUGGCAGUAUCUAUGCUAAUUUGGCUCUUUCUGGUCUAAUAGAGAUUCCUGCAUACCCACUCUGUGUCUAUUUGAUAAGCCAGAAAUGGUUUGGCCGUAAACGGACACUUGCUGCGUUUUUGUUUCUAGGAGGACUAGCCUCUCUCCUUGUCAUGUUCCUUCCACAACAGAAAGCUACUGGAAUAUUUGCAGUUGUGAACAACCGUUCUUUGUCUUUACUCGGAAAGCUGACUAUCAGUUCAGCCUUUAACAUUGUGUAUAUUUACACAUCAGAACUCUAUCCUACCGUUAUCAGGAAUGUUGGAAUGGGAACCUGUUCUAUGUUUUCCCGAGUUGGUGGAAUUGUUGCUCCUUUCAUCCCAUCUCUGAAACUUAUAUAUUGGUGUCUGCCUUAUAUCGUGUUUGGAGUGGCAAGUGUGUUAUCUGGUUUUCUGAGUCUCUUAUUGCCAGAAACCCUAAAUAGUCCACUGUUGGAGACAUUAUCUGAUAUGUCAGUUUGUUCAUAUAGAAGACUUGAGGGUGAAGCCAUGUCACUGAAGAUCUUAGAAGAUUCACAGUCUGACCAAGAUUCAUCCAGAACUGAAAGUGACAAUGAAGAAUUCUAUGAUGCCAGUGAAGAGACUCAGAUGAUCAAGUGAGGGAUCCCUGUUCAAUAUUAUGCCCUCUUUGUGGAGAAAAAGUUGAAUAAAUCUUACUUAAGUGCCAGGAGCAAUUGUGACAGUAGCAAUAUGAUAGAUAUUGUGCUUUUAAGAAAAAAAUAAAUUAUGAUUCAGUUAUCUGACUGUAAUAGAAGACUAUGGCCAUCAGAAGGCUCCCUUUACACAUGGAGCUGACUGAUUUAGGACAGUAAGAAAUAUGAAGUGAACUCUAGUUUUCAAUCAUGACAAUCCAUCUGUCACGUAACCAAAUCUUCAGCAUAUAUUAGAAUUUUCUUUGCAUUUUGUUUUUGUUAAGUGAAUUUCAUGUUUGUUGCACUUUGGUUUUAUUUUACUCUACUGAAAAAUUGACCAUGGAAAGCUAUUAAACUAUUGAAUAGAAAAAAUGUUUUCAGAUAUUGCAAGUUGUUCCAUUUAUACUGCGAAAUCUAAUGCUGUACAUAAUGCAGAAUUGGGUAAAUGUUUAGGAUUUUAUAGGUGUGAUAAUGUUGCAAAGAAGAGAAGUUUGUAAGCUGAAAUGACAUCAUUUUUCAGAUAUACUUUUAGUUAUUGCCAAAGAUCCUCCUUGAUUUCUUUCAGCCUGUUGUAUUUCAUAUCUGGCAAAAAAUAGCUUCUCUGUCCACUUUCACUUUUGUAUUUGUGUAAUAUCAGGGGACUACAGAAAUCUUUAUGUCAAUAUAAUGGAAUAUAUCCUUGAAACCAAUGAUUUAUGUAGAAACCUUGUCUACCUCAGUUUACAUACUUUAUGAAAUAAACUUGAUAGUACCAUUAACAUCAUAAAUGGGCUGAGUGUAUUCCUGUGAGAAGGUGAAUAAGUGUAAAGGGGAAAUAAGAGCCACACUUGAGUAGGGCCAAAUGACAUAAUGUGUGCUAUGAUAUUGCAGCCCAAACUCUCUUUGCAACUACAUAAAGGGUGAAGUUUGCAUCAUGACAUAAAGGCACACAUUUCAUUAUUUUGACAAAUUCUUGGGUUGCUGCGGAUAUGUCUGGUGUAGCCAGUCUCAUCAGUAAAGAACAGCAUGUGAACUCAGGUUCAGAGGAAUAAAUCUAUAACAAUUUGCU